GGGCGAUGCAAACCUGCCCGUUCUCUAUUUCGAGGUUUUAUAUUUCGUAGCUUUUCUGACACUGAAUUUUUUAUACAAAAUUGAACUCGUUGAUGUCGUUUGUGCCUAGAUCCGAUUAAUUGUUACACUAGCGAAUUGACGUCGUUUUUUUAAGGUGGAAUAAUCUUGCGUGUGCGUUUUCUAGCCUUAUAAACCGGGUACAUCGAAAAUCAUUUUAAAUAAGAUAGUGUUUUGAUUUAAUUAAUUCUAAAUAAUAUAGUGAUUUUUCUGCUUGGGACACUGGUGACCUAAGAAGACUAGACUUAACCAGCUGCGCACAAGAUGGCUUGGGGUUACUGGAGCGCCACCACUGUGUCCGACAGGGGGCGUAGUCCUCGCCGUAACAAGGAAUCGGAAAAAUCCAAUUCACAUUCUUCGCAUUCGUCGUCGCACGAACGAAGGGAGGUGGUCAAGGCCGUGGAGGAACCGCCUCCAACCACGCACCAGAACUACACUACGGUGAUCCCGAACACUUCUACCUCUCAGAUGACAGCGGCGGAGUUGGAGGAUGUCGUUUCUGAGCAUCAAUUGUCCAGGCGUCCAAGUUUAGACCUGGGUGCCAUGAUGGGGCCUCCGAACACUUUAGCUGGUAUACUCUGCCACGCCCACGGAAGUAGACAUGGCGGUACAUUAUCUGCCGGAAAUACCCUAACCAGAAUCGGAAGUAGGCACACUGCUGUCGAAUAUGCCGUUCCACAUCAUUUCCAUCAUCAUCACGCGUACGUGGAGUACCACCAAAGCCAUCUGUCUCUUUCUGAUGAUGACAGCAGUUCUGAACCUGGCUACGACUCUAUAAGAGCAGUGUUCCCGAAUGCACCGCCACAAACGGGAAUUCCCUGCCAAGGAGAUGACAGAAGUAUUUAUAGAAGAGGUGCCAGAAGAUGGCGGAAGUUGUAUAGAGUCAACGGCCAUAUUUUUCAGGCAAAGAGGUUUAACAGAAAGGCUUUUUGCGCCUACUGCCAUGACCGCAUCUGGGGCCUGGGCAGGCAGGGCUUCAAGUGCAUCCAGUGCAAGCUGCUGGUGCACAAGAAGUGCCACAAGGCGGUGAACGUGGCCUGCACCAGCGAGCACCACAUCGACGCCAUGACACGCGAAGACAGGAACGGGGAGGUGCAGCAGAUAAUCGUGGGCACGCCCAACAAUGACACCCUGUCGGACAGUUUAAGGAACAGGGACUAUGACGAGCCUCAGCCAGAUAUUACAGGUGAUGUUAUGUUAAUAGAACACCAGUGCCGGUCUCCGGACGCGCUGGAAUCCGACUCCAGACGUCAGUACACCCUGAACGACUUUGAACUGAUCAGGGUGAUUGGACGAGGCUCGUAUGCCAAAGUACUCAUGGUCGAACUCAAGAAGACUAAACGUAUUUACGCGAUGAAGGUGAUUAAAAAAGCUCUUGUGACAGACGACGAAGACAUCGACUGGGUCCAGACCGAAAAACACGUGUUCGAAACGGCCUCAAACCACCCGUUUCUCGUGGGCCUGCACUCGUGCUUCCAGACUCCUUCCAGACUCUUCUUCGUCAUCGAAUUCGUCAGGGGUGGCGACCUCAUGUUUCAUAUGCAAAGGCAGAGGAAACUAUCCGAAGACCACGCUAGGUUCUACUCGGCCGAAAUCUCUCUGGCGCUGAACUUCCUCCACUGCAAAGGGAUCAUCUAUCGCGACCUGAAGCUGGACAACGUGCUGCUGGACCACGAGGGUCACAUCAAGCUGACGGAUUACGGCAUGUGCAAGGAGGGCAUCCGGCAAGGGGAUACCACGUCCACGUUUUGUGGCACUCCCAACUACAUCGCUCCGGAGAUCCUCAGGGGGGAGGAUUAUGGGUUCUCUGUAGAUUGGUGGGCCCUUGGCGUAUUAUUAUAUGAAAUGCUAGCUGGAAGAUCUCCCUUUGAUAUCGCAGGAGCUUCAGAAAAUCCGGAUCAGAACACUGAAGAUUUUCUGUUCCAGGUUAUUUUGGAGAAAACCAUUCGCAUACCGAGAUCUUUAAGUGUCAAAGCCGCAAACGUCCUAAAAGGAUUUCUUAAUAAGAAUCCAGCAGAUCGACUGGGGUGUCAAGGUCUGGACAGCUACAGUGACAUUACUAAUCAUCAGUUCUUCAAAACUAUCGACUGGGAAUUGCUGGAGCGUAAGCAGAUUCCUCCACCUUACAAACCUCGUCUGGAUUCUGACAGAGAUUUGACAAAUUUUCCACCAGAAUUCACAGACGAACCAGUUCAUCUAACACCAGAUGAUCCCCGCAUCAUAGAAAAGAUCGACCAAUCCGAGUUCGAAGGCUUCGAAUACGUCAACCCCCUGCUCAUGUCGCUAGAGGACUGCGUGUGACACAACGUGACCUGCGCGCUGCAUCCCAACAACUUACCCCCUCCACCCGUUCACCGGUACCCCCCGCCUAUCUUGCCCCCGCCCCCACCUCCGGAUCUGAGCGGCUACGGCAGGGAGAACUACUUCCCGGUGGAUGACGUGCGUCCUCAGGGUGGUAAAUCAGUGCUGCAGAAUAUAUUUUGCCUUCCUCUAAACUGAAACGCUUAGGAAUCGAAUGCUGCCCACAGAUUAAUACGGUGUUGGCAACAAAGUCUGCAUGUAAUAGGAUUUUUAUUUAUUAUUAGAGACAAAUUAAAUUACAUUAGGUACUUAUAAUGCUUGAAAUAAUUGUAUAGUUUUUCCGAAGUCAAUUGCAACAGAUUCAAACUCUUAAUUUUGGCACUGUCGGCAUAAGCUGGAUAAACGAAUUAAGGGUCUUAGUAUUUCCAAUUGACUUUGGAUAUACUAUAUCAUAAUUGUUGUGUGUCUUGGUAUAUUGGGCAAAUUUUACAUUGCUUUUUAAUAAUGUCUAAAAAUGUUCUUAUUUAUUAAAAGUUUUGUAAAUGUUGUUUGAGAAAGAUAUUUAAGUUUCGCAUUUUUUUAUCUACACGUGAAAUUUUGCUCUACAAUAAUUUCUAUUUUUGUCAAUAUUUCGAAUAUUUUGAUCAAUUUAUGUGUACUGAUUGAUACCUGAUAUAUUAUCACGUAUUUUCGCAAAUAUUUUGACUACAACAAUUUAUUUUGCUUUGAAGCCUGAAAUUCUUAAACACAGAUAGGCAUUUUUUGGUGCAAAGUUUGUUAUUUAUAACAGCUUUACAAAAACUACAUACUUCUAUUAUUCUUAAGUGUGCAUAUGUGGUCUUAAGUCAUAUGCACUUGAAGUAAAAUAAGUUAUUGUUAUAAAAUUUGGCGCCCAACGUGAGGCGCAUCAAUUUAUAACAAUGACCUACGUUGGGCGCCAAAUCUUAUAAAAACAGCUACACACUCAGGAAUAAACUUUGUAUCAAAUAGAGCAUAUUUGUGACUAAAAAUAUUAGGUAUUAAAUCAAAAUAACUAGUUGUAGUCAAAAUAAUUAUUCAAAUUUCAAAAUAAAAUAUUCAAAAUAUUGACGUAGAAUUGAAGUUGUGGUUUAGUAAACAACUUUUUCAAACAAAAUCUAAGAGAAUUUUUAAAAUAAAGAUAUUUUUUGACAUACGUAAUUCAGAAAUGACAAAUUUCACAGAAAAACUAAAUUAAAUAUCUAUAAAGGUAUACAUAAGUUUUAUUUCUAAGAUAAGCAAGGCCUUACAGCUUUGCCUAAUUAUACCUGUCUCUAAUAGUAAAAGAAUCAUUUGGUGUAGACUUUUUUGCGACCACAGUGUAUAUGAGACAAUAGAGUAGUCAAGAGUUACAUUUGGUCAGUUUUCUACAAAAUUUGUUCUUAUAGGAACUACUCAGGAGUAAAUACAUGCCCAUAGGCUUCAGUUUCUGUAAACUGUCGAGAUAUCAUCGUCUCAUCGAGUUCAUAGACCUGAUUUCUAAUUAUCUAUCAUCAACUUUUUUUUUCUGUUCUGUGUGAUAUUAUAUAUUUUCAUUUUUGAUUGUGAUUCUGAAGACUUAAUUAAUUUAAGAAUAAUGUAAUUCUUGUUGUCAUGCACGUAACCAAUUAUAAAAGUUUUUAUGAAGGUUUAGUUCACAACUUUAUUGUCACACGCAC